GUCAUCUUUGUUUUUAAAGUAAGGUCAGCCAUGAAUGCUUGAACUUUGAAGUUGAGCUGAGAACGGAUCCAUGGCGGGUCUACGUCCAUUGGCAUCAUCCAGCAUCUUCAAUUGCCCCAUGCUUUCUGGUUCCUAUAACGCGCACCGGUCAUCUCUACCAUCCAUUGCUUCGCCGCCGAGUAUUUGCAACAAAGCUCCCAUUCUUCAACUCCGCUCGCAGCGGAGUCAGAAGAGAAGAGGCAGCUCGUUAGUGACGCGCGCCGGGACCAGCAACUACAUAUUUGCCUUUCUUUUCCCCAUGACCCUGCUUGCCGUUACCGUCCUCAUUUCCAUCCGCAUCGCUGAUAAGCUCGACCAGAAGUUCCUGGAAGAGCUUGUUAUAGAGCAGUCAAUAUUGGAAUCAGAGGAAGAUGAUGGUGAUGCUGCUGGAACUUCUCCAAAGGAAGAGACAAAAAGUUCACGUAGGCCUAAUCGGCCCAAACGACAAGCAGACACUCCAUCCACAUAGAACUUUCACCCUGUAUGGUGUUAAAUGGGUGUACAACCUUAAGGUAAAAGUUCUGUUCAAGAAGUAUCGGAGUUUAUACUUGGAAAAGGACAGGUAGCAACAUGAAACAGAGAUAGAAAAUGAGACACUUCAUUUAAGCCUGCCGUUUGCAAGCAUUGAUGGAUUUGAGUCUGCUGGUUUCUACAUUCAUUCCAUUCCUCAGGCCAUUUUGCUUUCCAUUUGAAAUGUUGGCAAUUUGGCAUGUACCAUGGUUAAUAUUUCACUUACAGUAUCAUUAUAUCCAUCAUUCUUUAUCUCAGUUAUUUUGUACCAAAUCCGGUGCGCUGCACUAAAAUCAUACUUGUUAUAUAUCAGUCUUCUCUAAUCCCUUAGAGUAUCCUUAUAUCCAUCAUUCUUUAUCUCAUACUUGUUAUAUAUCAGUUCCAUGAGCUGAGGAAGCAUUGUUAAGACAUAGUCAGAAUCUUGCACAGUAAUAUUACUCUCGUUCAGGGACCCUAGCUCCUUUUCCUUGUUUAAUGAAACUGAUUUUACUGCGAUCAGAACCUUAUAAACAUUUACCAAGCAUCCGAAAAAAGAAAAAUCUGAAGCUUAAAAAAGGCAUGCAUGAACCCAAUGUAUUACAAUAUGUCCAUAAUAAUGAGAGCGUUGGCUCCAAUUUUAACUAACAUGCUUUAGAAUAAGAAAUUUGGUUUGACGUAGGAGGAACAUCAGCUACUGCAAGGUACUGUUUAAGAGUGCGGUGAUCUUUGAGUGAAACUUGGACGACGACGACGACUUCCAACCAUGCUGCUGUUUUUUGUUGUGGUGGCUUCAUUACGGAUAAUAGGUGAGAGCUUAUAUUUGUACUUAAAUGGAGAAUCAUUCUCAGAAGUAGUAGAGUAAAGAUCAAAGUGGUGCAUUGGCCGUAGCCUUGGUGUGCUCAUUGAUCUAGCCUUUGCUUCCACUGAUUUGGUGGACGCCAUAUAAGCUGGAAGCUGCUGCUGCUGCAUGGUAUUAUUUGCUGCAGCAGGAGACGACGCCACACUGAUGGAGUGCUGCCUUUUGUGGUGGUGGUGGUGGUGAAAUGACAGCCUUCUUCCUCCAUUUUGCGCUCUUGGAGAUACCAAACUACUCAUCUCUCUCAUUCCCCCGCUUGUGCAAACACCAUCCAGAGCUUUACCGUCUUCUUCUAUUUUAGCUAGCUCCGAAUCUACCCAGUCUUCCAGCCAGUAUCUUCUCGUAUUAACUUUACUUUUUUCCGACUCUGAAGUUGACUUCUGGAUAUAUAUUGUAUAUUUUUAAUUAUUUUUUGAUUAAAAAUACUAAAUCUUUGAUAUGAAAUUAGGGGCAUGGUUGGUCAACCAGUGUUGCAGUUAAUUAGUGUUUUGAUUGGCACAUUUUCAAUGCCAUUAGCUCUUCUGUUACAUUGGUUAACAGCUUUUCGUUUCAUGGUUAAUUGAAAACUGAAAAAUUUACAUCGGUUAACAGGUUUUCGUUUCAUGGUUAAUUGAAAACUGAAAAAAAUUAAAUAAUACCCUGUAAUUAUUUUAUGAAAAAAAUGUGAGUUGAUUUGAGCAUAAAAAGUAAGCACAAGAGCUUCAUACCUUAUUAAACAUAGACCAACUUUAGAAUAGCCUUGUUUAUUAUGCAAUCUGACUUGCUAAUUUUCAAUUUUUUUUUAAAGUACUAUUUUCGUUAACCAAGGGGAAUUUUGAAAAGUGAGGUUAUCUUGUGGUUAUUCGGUUCUGGUGUUGAUGAGAAUGUAAUUUAGGUGCAUAUGUAUAUAUAUAUAUAUAUAUAUAUAUAUAUAUAUAUAUAUAUAUAUAUAUACAGACCCGAUGACUUAACCAGUACUCCUUUAUACGUUCUCUCUUGAAGGAGGCCUCCCUCUUGCUGAAGGACAUGGCAUUUGCAUCUUCCUUUGACACAGCUCUGUGGUCCCACAUUUUGUGGCUGCUGUUCAAAUCUAUCUGUGUGUCCUCUUUUUCGGACUUGUGAUUGGAUGUCUACGACCGAUUGCAAGCGUUGGAGGGUCAAAACAGCUUGGCGUCGAACAGCUUGGCCUCGAACCAUAGCUUGAAGCCUUACUAUUCCUUUCAUCGCCCGCAAAGCUUUUCUCCCCUGUGGCGUGCAAAAUACUAAGUUCUGAAGUUGCUUUCAUUGUGAAACAAUAGUAGUGGUGAUCUUUGAUUAUAUUGAAUGAAUUAAAUGUGUUCAUCUCUCCCACCAGCUAGGCCAUAAUAUAAAAUGCAGAUCGAGAACUGCAACAAAAUUCAUGCAAGUAACAUUGAACUUACGAGAUAACCACGAAAAGCCGUCUGAAUCUUAAUGGCAGCGAGGAUUCUGAGCUCGAAUAGAUCUUGGACUUCAUCCUCCUGCUGCCACUGCUUAUGCUGAUUGUCAGUACUUGUUGAAGUCGCUUCUUUUCCACUUCGUUCCGAGAACAACCCUAGCAUCCAUUUCUUU